UGUCGCCCUCAAUGACGUCAACAUUUGAAACGAGUGGAAGGGGAACAAAAUAUAAAAGUGGCUACAUCGAGACUGGGGGAUUCUCACUUGAGCAGUCGGACGGAACGGUCGAAUAAGAAAAAUAUUGGUAUCUAUAAAUAAUAAUAACUUGAAGUUUGAUUUAAUAUCAGAAGUGUUUUUUUCAACCCUAUGUCUACAAUGCCACGUGAGAGUAAACGAAACUCUCGUCGGCGACGACGUCGUGAGACAUCAUCGAGUUCCUCGACGAGCAGCGCUGCAACUUCUACGAGCAGUAGUAGCAGUGAAGACAGACACCGGAGAUUGAAACGUGCACGCCGCAGCAGGAAAUCGCCAACCGUGAGACACAAUGUUAUUACUUCUUCUGUUAUACCCGAAUUUGACCCACUCGUUGAUGAUAUAUAUAUGUGGACCAAUGUCGUUGAGGCUAAUGCGCGUACCUUUGGAUGGUCCGAUAAAGAAAUCAAGUACCAGGCUUUACAGAAACUUAAAAAUACUGCUAAACUAUGGUACGACUCCUUGCAAAAAAAUAGAACAUCAUGGACAAGUUGGAAAUGGAAAGACUGGCGUAUUAUCUUAAUAGAGACUUUCGAAACUAAAAGAAAUAUGUACUGCAUGCUUAAAGAACUAAUGGAAGUUAAACCUAAAGACGGACAAUCCUUGUAUGAAUUUUAUUUUCAACAAAAGAGUAAAAUUGAUAGGUUAAGAUUAGCAUUUUCGGAAAGAGACAUAAUAUCUAUAAUUGUUGGUUCUAUUGGAGACGAACACAUCAGUACAGCUGCAGAUGCAGGUUCGUUUCGCGGUUGUGAUGACUUGGCUUCCUUUUUGCAUAAUAAAAUUCAUACACCGAAUGAGUUGAAAGUAGUGUCUAAAAGUAGUUCAAAUACUAAACAACAAUUUUCGCGAUUUAAAUCUGAUAAUACUAGUAAGCCUGAUGUUUCAAAUAACGUUUCAAGUACUUUUAAAAUAACUUGUUUUACUUGUGGAGAACCUGGACAUAAAAGAGCUGAUUGUAAACAUAAAGAUGUCAAAUGUAGUAACUGCAAUAAGAUAGGCCACUUAGAAACUAUUUGUAGAUUAAAAAACAGAUUAAAAAUCGAGAAAAGUGCUGAAGUCAAAUUAAUAAAUGCGAACGAUGAUAAACAAAAAUUUUUUAAAGAAAUAACCGUCAAUAAUUGUAAAUGUCAGGCUUUUAUUGAUAUGGGGAGUGAUUGCUCCCUAAUUACAUCUAAUUUAGCUAAUGCAUUGGGCCUUGUACAAUAUUCUCUUGAAAACCCGGUUACUCUUACUGGCUUUACUAACGAAUCUCAUACUACAGUUGAUAUGGCAGUAACUGAAAAACUUAAGGUAGAUAAUGUUGAACUUCUAAUAACUUUCUACAUAAUCAAAUCUCUUUCUAAUUGCAACCUUUUAAUUGGUAGGAAUUUUACAGAAAAUAAAGACAUAAUGUAUACUAGAAUUGGAAGCUCGUUAGUAUUUCAGCCUGUAAAUUAUAAACAAGUUUUGGUUGUAGAAUCAUUGAAGUUUAACGUCAAUUCAAAAGAUCACGAGGCUAUUUUGAAUAACAUUUUUUGUAAAUAUCCCAAUAGUAUUUCAGAUGAUUUGAGUUCACUGGGGAAAACCACUUGUGUAGAACUAGAUAUAGAACUGACUACAUGUAAGCCAGUUUCUCGUCGUCCGUAUCGUAUGUCCGAGUCUGAAAAGAAAAUUACUCGGGAAAUAAUAGAUGAUUUGUUAAAAAAUUGUAUUAUUAGGGAAAGUAAUUCGCCUUACGCAAGUCCA